UCAACCCAUCAAAACGCGUCUUCUUUUCGCCUUUAUUUCUUCCCUUCCUCCCCCCUAUAUAUACACCAUUACAACCUGCGAUGCCAUACUCUCCUUCGACAAACACUAACAUCAUCAUGACUCCGACCCUCUUCUUCCUCUUCAUCUUCUUCUUUCCUCUUCUCUCCUCUGCACACAACUCCUUGCACCUCAACCACACCUCAUUCUCACUCUCUUUCCCUCUCACUUCACUCCCUCUCUCCACCAACACCGCCUCCAAGAUGCUACGCGACUCUCUCAUUGUCUACUCAAACCGCACCAGAAAUACCACGCGACUCGCUUCGCCUUCUUCUCCGUAUAACUACAGGCUAACCUUCAAUUACUCCAUGGCUUUGAUCGUCAACCUUCCCAUUGGGACCCCACCGCAGGUUCAGCCUAUGGUGUUGGACACCGGAAGUCAACUAUCGUGGAUUCAGUGUCACAGAAAACCACCCAAGGUGCCUCCCCCAACGGUGUCCUUUGAUCCUUCUCGCUCCUCCACUUUCUCUAAUCUUCCCUGUACUCACCCCGUUUGCAAACCACGAAUUCCCGAUUUUACCCUCCCCACUUCCUGCGACCAGAACCGCCUCUGUCACUACUCCUACUUCUACGCCGACGGUACCUACGCCGAGGGAAAUCUCGUCAGAGAAAAAUUCACUUUCUCUCGUUCCCUUUUUACCCCUCCUUUGAUCCUCGGCUGCGCCACUGAGUCCACCGACCCCAGGGGUAUUUUGGGAAUGAAUCGUGGACGCCUCUCCUUCGCUUCACAAUCUAAAAUUACCAAAUUCUCCUACUGCGUUCCCACCCGAGAAACCCGGCCUGGAUCCACUCCAACCGGGUCGUUCUACCUGGGCCACAAUCCGAACUCUCUCCGGUUUCGGUUUAUCCCAAUGUUGACUUUUUCUCAGAGUCAACGUAUGCCAAAUCUUGAUCCCUUGGCUUAUACUGUCGCCUUGCAGGGGAUCAGAAUCGGGGGCAGAAAACUGAACAUUUCGCCGGCGGUUUUUCACGCCGACGCUGGCGGGUCGGGUCAAACCAUGGUUGACUCCGGAUCCGAGUUUACUUAUCUCGUUAAUGAGGCUUAUGAUAAGGUGCGGGCGGAAGUAGUGAGGACUGUGGGGUCCAGAAUGAAGAAGGAUUACGUGUACGGUGGCAUUGCGGACAUGUGCUUCGACGGGAAUGCGAUUGAGAUCGGACGGCUGAUAGGGGACAUGGUGUUUGAGUUCGAGAAGGGCGUGGAAAUAGCGAUUCCCAAGGAGAGGGUUCUGGCUUCCGUGGAGGGCGGGGUCCACUGCGUCGGGAUUGGCAACUCUGAUAAAUUGGGUGCGGCCAGUAACAUCAUCGGGAAUUUCCAUCAGCAGAAUCUGUGGGUGGAGUUUGAUCUCGCCAAUCGCAGAGUGGGUUUCGGUGCGGCAGAUUGUAGCAGAUUGGCUCCAUAGAGGGAAACCCUUAGAUACGUGUUGGUGCAUGUACCUUACGUGUGUCAGCUGUAGGUAAUUAGGGAUUUUUGUACGAAGGAAAUAUCACGUGUCACGUGUCGAGGAGUGUGAUACCGGUGAGAUGAUGAUGAUGAUGAUGAAGAAACUAAUCACACGGUCCAAGAGCGAUGAAGAAAAAGAAAGUUCUGCAACUGUUGCCAUGAUGAUACGAUAACGUGGUUCGUUCAAGAUCGACGAGUGGGGCUGCUUUUGGAGUAUGUGUGAGGAAGCCACAUAAGUAUGUUGUACACUGUAAUAUGAAGGAGACCAUGACACAAUGUAUAUAUACGAGGAUUAAUUAGAGUAUGUCUAUUAUAUAUUUAAUAUUAAUAUAUAUGAACCAUUGGUUUGUUUUUUUAA